AAGGUAUUGAGGAAUGACCAAAUUGACUUUGAUGUGGUGAAGGGUUGGAUUGCCGCAUGUACAACUGAACGUGGCAGCAAAUGCAAUGGACAUGAAAACGGCAGAUCGCGCGCUAGGAGGUUGAUUGAUGUAGAGAAGAGCUGCAUAGUAGACGGAUCUACCGUCAAGGAAUACUUGUCGCUGAGUUAUGUCUGGGGCAUGGCUGCCCAAUUCAUGCUCACCAAAGACGUGGUUGAAGAUUCAACAAACGAGGACUUCUUUCGGUCCUUGGGCACUAAGAUCCCUCAAAGCAUACGAGAUGCUAUGCAAGUCUGCCGGAACAUAGGAGUGCGUCAUCUGUGGGUCGAUGCCCUUUGCAUUGUUCAAGAUGAUGACGAAGACAAGAAAGAUCAGAUUGGUUUGAUGGAUGAGAUUUACGGGCACGCACUGGCCGUUCUGAUUGUCGUAGCUGGAGAUGAUGCAGGCUACGGCAUACCGGGAAUGGGCGAGAAGAAGCGAGCACUUGCGUCUUACCAGGAGACUGUGGACGGCAAAGUGCUCAUGACAUCGCUCUCUACCACGACGUUCUCCGCAAAACGGUCACAAUGGAACACCAGAGCAUGGACA